AUGGCGGGUAUAACACUUCAUACGGUGGACGAAAGCCAGAUUGGCUGGCUUGGCUCCGCCAUCGUGCCCAGACUAACAAACAGGUCGAAGAGAACUAAGAAGGUUGGAAUCACCGGUAAAUACGGUGUCAGAUACGGUUCUUCUCUGAGAAGACAAUGUAAGAAGCUCGAAGUUCAACAACACUCCAAAUACGACUGCUCGUUCUGCGGAAAGAAGACCGUCAAGAGAGGAGCUACUGGAAUCUGGACUUGCAAGUCUUGCAAGAAGACUGUUGCUGGAGGAGCCUACACCGUUUCGACUGCUGCUGCCGCCACCAUCAGAUCCACCAUCAGACGUCUGAGAGAGUUGGCUGAGGCAUAA